AUGGUUCAGGAGCCUCGAGCCCCGGUGAAGACCCGUCAUUCGACCAUUCGACCAAAAGCGGGUGAGACCGAGCUGGAGCUUUCCCUAGGCGUGCCGGGUCCCGGUCGUGCUGAUGCUGAGGCCCGGGGUCGCGAUUUGUUGUGUGCCUGUGCUGGACGUGUGUCGAGUCGAGAGGAGCGAGUCCAGCGGCCGCCUGCACAACCUCCGCCCGGUGCUAUGCCGUCCUGCCGUUCUACCGUCGCGGCCGCAACUGAUCCACCAGCAAAUGACAUGGGCGGCUCCAGACCUUUGGCGCCUAGAGCGAACAAGACCAAAAACAGCAAGCGAGCUGUCUUCAUCAGUAAACCUGGAGAAGAUCACGCACACAGGCUGCCACGCGCUGUCCUAGCUGUUGGUGAAACCAUCCACUAUCGCGCGAACCCGUCUGUGGGCGCGCCUCCCACGAAAACUGAGAAUCGAGCUACCGUCGACCCAUUGUGCCGUCGGACAUCGGACCAAUCCUUCCUGUACCUUGUUCGGAUUAACCAUUUCAUGCAUUCAACAACUGCGCCACAUGCACGACACGCAUCUCUCCACAAGCCUCCCGUAGCUCCCUUAGGCCUUGCGGCGGCGGCGUCGCCGGUUGCAGGACUGGCUAGCAACCGCGACCAGGUGGCCGCUGUCACUACUUAA